AUGUCGGACAACGAAAAAAAAAUUGUGCUGCUGCAGACCAAAAAAUCAAUGAGCUGGAUCCGAAAUGAGCUGUUCGGUCCGAUUCAAGAAGCUGCUCGCAAACCGAAUCCUUUCACUAUCGACCCAACAACAUGUUGGUGCAAUCUGUCGGAGCUCCGAUUAUGCAUGCUGAUCGUGGAGAACAAGCCGGUCGGCUACAAAAGCUCUUGGUGCAAACUGGACCUCAUAGAACGUAUGAAAACAAUUUUUGAUGAUGAGGAUCCGUCAUGCAAGAUUUUCUUAAGUGACGAGAAUGAAGUCGCUUUUGACGAACAAAGAAAACAACUUGAGAGCGGAAGCACCAAGCGUUUGCUGUUCCCACCAAAGUAUACGGCGCGCCCAAGUCUUCAAAUGCUCGAAGACAAGUUAAAUGAAUGGUACAAUAUGAACAUCAGCGAGAAGAACGAGCCAAUUCCAAAGGGCGAAUUCGGGUUCGGUGGCUACCACCUUCCCGCGCGUCGUCUUGCUCAAAUCCCGCCCGAUUACGCACCUGACGUCGAAGGUGAACAUCCACUGGCAUUCAUGGACCGACGACAAAAAGAAGAAGAGAAACAAGACGAGCCAGAAGAUGACGAAGCAGCCAAAUGCAGUUCCACCGAGGCUUGA